AGCACGCCGCCGCGGCGUUUUACGACGUCUGCAGUGACAGGCCCUGGGAACAUCCGGCCUCCUCUGCGCCCCGGGAAAAAGCCAACGCUAUGUUCGGUGCCGGGGACGAAGAUGACACCGACUUCCUCUCGCCCAGCGGCGGUGCCAGAUUGGCCUCUCUUUUUGGACUGGAUCAGGCAGCUGCUGGCCAUGGAAAUGAAUUCUUCCAGUACACAGCCCCAAAACAGCCUAAGAAGGGCCAGGGAACAACAGCAACAGGAAAUCAGGCAACCCCCAAACCAGCUCCAACCACCACAGGCACCUCCGCAGUACUGGUUGCAACAGCAGUCCUUGCUUAUCGAUACAUAAAUGGUCAGUAUGUAAAGCAAGGAAAAUUUGGUGCUGCAGUCCUGGGGAACCACAUAGCCAAAGAGUACAGGAUUCUUCUUUAUAUCAGUCAGCAACAGCCAGUUACUGUUGCUAGGAUCCAUCUGAACUUUGAGCUGACGGUUCGGCCCAAUAACUACAGCACCUUUUAUGAUGACCAGAGGCAAAACUGGUCCAUCAUGUUUGAAUCAGAGAAGGCUGCUGCGGAAUUCAAUAAACAGGUGUGCAUUGCCAAAUGCAACAGUACCUCCUCCUUGGAAGCAGUGCUCUCUCAGGACCUCAUUGUGGCAGAAGGCUCUGCUGUAGAAGUGGGAGAUUCUUUGGAAGUGGCCUACACUGGCUGGCUUUUUCAGAACCAUGUGCUGGGCCGGGUUUUUGACUCCACUGCUAACAAAGAUAAGCUGCUUCGCCUGAAAUUAGGAUCAGGAAAAAUCAUCAAGGCCUGGGAGGAUGGAAUGCUGGGCAUGAAAAAAGGAGGAAAGCGGUUGCUUAUCAUCCCCCCAGCCUGUGCGGCUGGCUCUGAAGGGUUAGUAGGCUGGACUCAGUCAGCGGACUCUAUCUUGGUGUUCGAGGUGGAAGUUAAACGGGUGAAGUUUGCCAGAGAUUCUGGGUCUGAUGGGCAUAGUGUUAAUUCCCGGGACUCUGCAGCCCCUUCUCCCAUUCCUGGUGCAGACAGCCACUCUGCGGAGCCUGUUGUGUCACCACCCACAUCAGUGCCUUUCAGAUCAGGGGAACCAGCUCUUCGUACCAAAUCUAACUCCCUGAGUGAACAGCUUACAGCAAACUCGAGUCCUGAUACAGUCAAGGCCAAGUUGAUCUCUCGGAUGGCUAAAAUGGGCCAGCCCAUGCUGCCCAUCCUUCCACCACAGCUGGAUUCCAAUGACUCAGAGACUGAAGAUAUGAAUGCUCUUCGAGGACCUGGGCAGCCCCUGGUGACGCCACCCAUCCAGCCCUCUCUUCAACCAGCCACCCAUCCAGUGUUGCCGCAGAUGACCUCACAAGCACCUCAGCCAUCUGUUUCUGGGCUCCAAGCACCCUCUGCUGCCUUAGUGCAAGUUGCAUCUCUUGAUUCCCACUCAGCUGUAUCUGGAAAUACCCCAUCCUUUCAGCCCUAUGCAGGUGUGCAAGCCUACACAUAUCCCCAGGUGUCCUCAGUCACCUCUCAGCUGCAGCCUGUUCGGCCCUUGUACCCAGCACCGCUGUCCCAGCCUCCCCAUUUUCAAGGAUCAGGUGACAUGGCUUCAUUUCUCAUGACUGAAGCCCGGCAGCAUAACACUGAAAUUCGAAUGGCAGUCAGCAAAGUGGCUGAUAAAAUGGAUCAUCUCAUGACUAAGUUUGAAGAGUUACAGAAGCACAGUGCUGGCAAUUCCAUGCUUAUUCCUAGCAUGUCAGUUACAAUGGAAACGAGCCUGAUUAUGAGCAACAUCCAGCGAAUCAUUCAGGAAAAUGAAAGAUUGAAGCAAGAGCUCCUUGAGAAGAGUAGUCGGAUAGAAGAACAGAAUGAUAAGAUCAGUGAACUAAUUGAACGGAAUCAGAGGUAUGUUGAGCAGAGUAACCUGAUGAUGGAGAAGAGGAACAACUCACUUCAGACAGCCACAGAAAACACACAGGCAAGAGUAUUGCAUGCUGAACAAGAGAAGGCGAAGGUGACAGAAGAGCUAGCAGCAGCCACUGCACAGGUCUCUCACCUACAGCUGAAAAUGACUGCUCACCAGAAGAAGGAAACAGAGCUGCAGAUGCAGCUUACAGAAAGCCUGAAGGAGACAGAUCUUCUCAGGGGCCAGCUCGUCAAACUGCAGGCAGAGCUCUCAGAGCUUCAAGAAACCUCUGAGCAAGCACAGUCCAAAUUCAAAAAUGAAAAGCAGGGCCGGAGACAGCUGGAACUCAAGGUGACAACUCUGGAGGAAGAACUGUUAGAUCUUCGAGCUGAGAAGGAGUCCUUGGAAAAGAACCUCUCAGAAAGGAAAAAGAAGUCAGCUCAAGAGCGCUGCCAGGCUGAGGAGGAGAUGGAUGAGAUCCGCAAGUUGCACCAGGAGGAACUGGACAAACUUCGACAGCUCUUGAAAAAGACUCGCGUGUCUACAGACCAAGCAGCUGCAGAGCAGCUGUCUGUAGUGCAAGCUGAGCUACAGACCCACUGGGAAGCAAAGUGCGAGCAUCUGUUGGCCUCUGCCAAGGAUGAGCACCUGCAGCAGUACCAGGAGGUGUGCGCGGAGAGGGAUGCCCACCAGCAGAAGUUGACAUACCUUCAGGAAAAGUGUUUAGCCCUCCAAGCCCAAGUCACAGCCCUUGCAGAACAAAAUGAACAGCACAACAAGGAACUAGAGAAGAACAAAUCCCAGAGGUCUAGAGUCGAAGCUGCUGACCCUUCAGAGAAGGUCAAGAAGAUCAUGAACCAGGUGUUCCAGUCAUUGAGGGGAGAGUUUGAGCUGGAGGAAUCUUACAAUGGCAGAACCAUUCUGGGGACCAUCAUGAAUACAAUCAAGAUGGUGACUUUGCAGCUGUUGAACCAGCAGGAAGGAGAACAGGAAGAGAGCAGCAGUGAGGAAGAAGAGCAGCCUCAGAGACCAUCCCAGGAGCAGCCAGCCUCAGCCACUGCUGGGCUGUCACUAGCAUCCCUGGGUAGGGAGAGACAGGAGGCUCCAGUGGUGCCAUUGGAGGAGGUAGUCGAGGCUGUCUCGUCACCUCCACAAGUGCUCUCCAUGCCCCAGGAUGGGGGACAGAGAAGGGAAAGGGCACCCUCAGAAGCAGAGAUGCUCUCAGAGGUCAGAGAUGGUUCCUUCCCACCUGAAGCAGCUCGCAUCCCAGCCCACAGAUUCCCAGGGCCCCCAACUUCAAUUCCCCCUAAGCCACCAGGUCCUGUGACAGUGGACUCUGAGUAUGAGGAGACACUUGCUGCUUCCCUAACAGCAGCCAAGCUUGACAGCCCACUGGGAAAGGUGCAUGUUGGGGAAAUAGCUCCAGAGGGCCCUCUACAAGAAAGCUCUGGGACACUGUUACUGACUCCAGAUCCAGAGAAAGGGAACCCACCAGCCUUGGAGCCUGAAAGCCUGGGAGGAGAGCCCCAGCCCCCAGAGCUCAAAGGAGAUGAGGCAGUCACUAGCUCUCUGGGCUCCUCCGAAGCAUCAUCAAGCACAGAGGCCAGUACUGCAGCUGUAGAGGCCACCCUCAGACCCAGCCACCACUCUCAGCAUUCCAGUGGUUCUGGAGAUGAAGUGGAGGAACUGUUUCCAGGAGCAACUUUGAAACUUCCAAGGCCCAAAGCACAGCCUGAGGAGGAGGAUGAAGAUGAGGUGAGCAUGAAGGGACACCCGCCCCCAACACCCCUUUCUGGAGAUGACGAUGAUGACGAUGACAUUAACUGGCUGGGAUGAAGACCCAGGAAACUGUGCACAGAUUUCUCUACCAGCCCUUCCCAAUAAGCAUGAUUUUGCACAGCCAGCCCUGGGUCUAGAUGAGCCACAGGGUGAAGUCAAGGUGAGCAGUUCAGAUACCUGAGUUAGCCUCUUGGGAGCCCCCACCUGACUUGGUGAAGAGGAUCAUGAUUCUGUCUGCAGAGCUGGUGUUUGGAGCAGCCAACCAUGGUCUUGCCUGUAAGGCCCAUGUGGAGGAAGGGCUGCAAAGUUCCUCUCUAGCCAGUCACCCGCAAGAGUCCUGCCCUCUUCCAAGCUUUUUCUUCUCUUCGUUGACUCUCAGACUGACCUGAAAGCCCAACUUCAUCUGUCUGUCAGAGCCUAGCUGUGUCCCAGCAACAAGACCUGUGUCCUGUGGGGAGGUCUCCCUGGAGAACCAAAGGGAGACCACACUAUCUCCAUCCCUGUUUAGUCAGCAGCCUGGCCUGCUAUCGUAGAAUAUGUACCUUUUUUCUCUGCCUUAAGUCUUAUACAUGAGGUCAAUGAGUAUUUGAAAUUAACAAAAUUAAAAUAAAUGACUAAUGAAACUUGA